AUGGGGAGAGUUAAACUUAAGAUUAAAAAAUUGGAGAGCACAAGCAACAGACAUGUGACUUAUUCAAAGAGGAAAAGUGGAAUCUUAAAGAAAGCAAAGGAAUUAUCAAUUCUAUGUGAUAUUGAUAUUCUCCUUCUCAUGUUUUCUCCAACAGGAAAACCUACCUUGUUACAAGGAGAGCGCAGUAAUAUGGAGGAGAUCGUUGCAAAAUUUGCCCAACUUAGUCCACAAGAAAGGGCCAAAAGGAAAAUGGAAAGCCUUGAAGCACUGAAGAAAACCUUCAAGAAAUUGGAUCAUGAUGUAAAAAUACAAGAUUUCUUGGGUUCGAGCAGUCAAACGGUGGAGGAUCUAAGUCAUCAAGUGAGAGUUUCACAAGCGCAACUUGGAGAAAUACAACAGAGACUGAGCUAUUGGAGUAAUCUUGAGAAGAUCAAUAACUUGGAACAUCUUAGACAAAUGGAAGACUCGCUCAGGGAAUCAAUCAAUCGGGUGUGUAUACAAAAGGAAAAUUUAGGAAAACGCCAACUAAUGUCACUUGAAUGUGCUAACCAGUUACCGGAAGGGAUGACUUUACCCAUGAUGAUGGCUGGUCUACAAGAAUCUCAACCCUUGUCUUGGCUUCUAAGUGGUGAUAAUCACCAAUUGUUGUUACCUAGUGAACCAAAAUUUCUGCCAUUUAGUGAUAAUGGCAAUAGAGACGCGGAGUGCUCCACCGACAUUUCACUCCCAGGGUACUCAGGUUAUAUUGGAAACGGCAAACUUGAGGUUGGAAGCUCUCCAAAUGUCACUACUUUGGGUCAGGGAAACGGUAACUUGAACGAGUUAAAUGGAAAUCCAAAUCCUUACUUAAAUGUACAACAUUGUGAGCAGCAGUUUGCAUACCCUCCUUCGCAAGAUCUCGAGGACGCGAAACAUCACCAAACAUUGAAUAGUAAAUCAAAUACUACAGAUUAUCAAGUUAAUAACAAUUAUGAACUUCCGAGGUCACUAUUUGAAACGGGACAUCAGUUCUGGAAUUCUACUCCCGGCUCUUGUGGGAUUGCCAUGUAUAAUGAGAAUGGCUACCAUAGGGUAAGCAAAUAG